AUGGGAGUUUCAGCCCAAUUCCUUUUGCGCGGCUCUAUGCCUCUUGUUUUCUCGAUAAUUCUCCCCCUCGACGAGACAGCUUCUCAGGGGACAGAAGAGCUGCUGCAGCGCCACGGGGGGAUCUUCAGCUACUCGGCCUUCUUUCAGUCCGUCAAAGAGAAGGUUCUCAACGCGACACACAGACUCAUGCGGUUCAAAGCCGACCUUGUUGCUGCAGUGCAACAGCAACAACUGCAGCAAAAGCAGCAAAAGCUCCGGGAGCAGUGGCUCGCUCUUGGGGGCCCCACACUCUCCGCCUCCUCCACUGCCGAAUCCUUUACGCUGUCACCUAAGCUGCAGGAAGCUGCUACUACUACUGCCGCUGCUGCUACUGCUGCUGUUGCUGUUAAAGCUCAAGCUGCAGUGGCAACAGGAUCUACGCCACCAGGGAUGCUGCAACAACAGCAGUUGUUGCAGCAACAGCAGUUGUUGCAGCAACAGGUUGUGGUGGUCUUUCCCCCCAAUCCUGAGCAGCAGGAAGCGCUGCUGACGCAGGCUCGGCGGGUAGCCAGAGGCAUCAUCUUGAAGGCGAAAUCUCUGGCAAAAGGUCGUUCUGCGGGAGAGGUUGAGGCGGUCCUCUUGCAGUACAACGGCGUUAGAGGCCAGCAGACGCCAGAAACUUCUCAGCAGACGUGCUGCUUCUUUGCGACAGCCUCCGAGGCUUUGCUCCUCUGUGAUGCUGUCGCCUCCAUCUUGGCUCUUGAGAACUCCCUGCUCGAGCUCGAGCUGCCCCUUCGCGUCUACGGAGACAUUCACGGGCAGUUGGGGGAUUUGCUGGAUUUUUUCGACUCCUUCUUAUGGCCUGAGGAAGCUAUGCAGCAGCUCAACACGUCGCUGCUCUUCUUGGGGGAUUACGUAGACAGGGGGCACUUCAGCUGCGAAGUGCUUCUGCUUCUCCUCUCUUUCAAAGUGCUGUACCCCAACCGCGUGUGGCUGUUGAGAGGAAAUCACGAGGAUCGCCCGAUGAACUACAUUUACGGCUUCUUCUCCGAAUGCGUCUGCAAGUUUGGUGGGACUGAAGGAGAGAUCCUCUGGAAACGCAGCAACAGUCUCUUUGAUUUUUUACCACUUGCCGCGACUGUUCGCUCUGCUGGGCUUAUCCUCCUCCACGGAGGCAUCGGCGACAGUAUUCAAGCUCCUCAACAGCUGCGCGAUAUUCGAAAGCCUAUCACAGUACCUCAACACGUCGACAGAAGCCUUAAGGAGACGAAUCCGGCAGUCCUUAAGGCUUGCCAAGUGCUGGACUGCCUUUGGAGCGAUCCGCUCACGGCAGAUGAGGACGGAGCAGCUCCAACGAGCGAUGCCUCCCCUAGAGGGAAAAACACCGUCAGGUACACCCUCCCUCCACGAGAAGGCCUCUAA